AUGAGUGUGGAGUGGAACGCCAAUGAUGGAGCUUCCCUCAAUAGUGUGGCCAAUGAUCUCCUUGAGGACUUGACCACUUUCAUCUCGGUCGCGAAGGACAUCAAUAAAUCGGAGCUGGGAGAGCUGGCCGCCCCCCCCGUCCUCUCUACGCCGCGUGGACUACGCGCUAGACUGCUAGAAGAACUCUGCCUCAGUAUGGCCCCUGGUGAAGGAGCAACGACGGAGUCGCCCGGUGAAGACGCGAAUAUCUGCCGGAUGGUAGCUGAGGGAGCACCAAUUGGCAUCUUGAUCCCGGUUUGA